GGUUGCGCGUUCACGCGAAGACGCGGAAGCAGCUCCUUCGCGAGCGCUUGUCAUCUUUGUUGUUAUUAGCCAUUUUUCGGCUGUUGUAGAAGUUUGUAACAGUGACUUCUCUUCAGGAUGGCUCUCCCACCGCAGCUGAAAGCGAUCCAGCACCAUUUAAGAACAGCACAGGAACACGAGAAAAGAGAACCGGUGGUCGCUUAUUAUUGUCGACUUUAUGCCAUGCAGACAGGAAUGAAACUAGAUAGCAAAACUCCAGAGUGUCGAAAGUUUCUUGUGAAACUAAUGGAUCAGUUGGAAAUGAUGAAGAAGGAGCUCAGCGACAAUGAAUCCAUCUCACAGGAAAUAGUUGGCAAUGCCCAUGUUGAGAAUUACGCUAUAAAAAUGUUCCUCUAUGCAGAUAAUGAAGAUCGAUCAGGACGUUUCCACAAGAAUAUGAUCAAGUCCUUCUACACCUCAAGUCUUCUGUUUGAUGUGUUGACUGUCUUUGGCGAGUUAUCAGAAGAGAACAUCCAACACAGGAAGUAUGCUAAGUGGAAGGCAGCCUACAUCCACAACUGCCUGAAGAAUGGUGAGACUCCGCAGCCCGGUCCUAUUGGAAUGGAGGGGGAAGCAUAUGAUGAUGAAUUUGGCGCUGAGGGUGGUGGUCCUUCACAAGCACCUUACGAUCCACCCCAAUCCCAGCCUUCUUUCCACGGCCAUCCAUCAAACCAACCCCCAGCAUCCAAUUUCAGUAAUAUUCAGAUACCUCCUGGGUCACACGCCCCAGCCAAUACACCUGCAGAUAUUCCCCAUCCAGAAGAGCAAAAAGGCAGGCUGAGGGUCCUCAUGAGGGGCAUGUUUCCCCUGCACAGCCCGUCAAACCAGUGCCUGUUCCACGAGCUAUGCCGGUGGUUGAUCCUUCACUUCUAAACAAGACCCAGGAAGGAGAUUUGCGGCUCACACCAGAAGACUUUACUCGGGCUCAGAAGUACUGUAAAUAUGCAGGCAGUGCACUGCAAUAUGAGGAUGUGGGCACUGCCGUCCAGAAUCUGCAGAAGGCCCUGAAGCUCCUAACCACUGGCAAAGAAUGAAACCAUUGUGCUGUCCCCCUUAAAACCACUUUAUCAGAGAUCUGGCCCAGACGAACUGAAAAAGGGCCAUUUCCCCAGCCCCAUCUGUAUCAAAAAGAGACUCUCCACAGGACACCCCCACAUCACUCAAUACAACAUCUGUUUCACUCAUAUUGGAUGUCAAUAGCUUUUCAUUACUAGACUCAUAGACACAAAGAUGCGACACUAAAAAAAAAAAAAUCAGGUGCAUGUGAAAAAUCCUUUCAAAUUCUGAGGAGUUAAUACAUAUUCAUGGUUUGGAGUUUCUGGCUUCACAACAAUUUGGUUAGAUAUGCAUGGACAUGACAGCAUGUCUCAAGAUAUCUAUUAAAUAAGAACUCUCAUCUUUACCUCAGGCUCGCUGAAACAUGAGCAUUAGAGUCACUUUGCCCUUAAAGAGAUAGUUCAGUCAAAAAUGAAAAUUCAGUCAUUUACUCACCCUCAAGUUGCUCCAAACCUGUAUCUUCUGAACACAAAUAAAGAUAUUUUGAAGAAUGUCGGAAUUCAGUGGCUACCGUCAACUGUUUUGUUACCGACAUUCUUCAAAAUAUCUUCUUUUGUGUUCAACAGAAGAAAGAAACUCAUACAGGUUCGGAACAACUUGAGGGUGAGUAAAUGAUGACUGAAUUUUCAUUUUGGCUGAACUAUCCCUUCCGUUCGCUUCUAUAUAUAUGCUUAAGGUGGAAGGAUUCUGCAGUUAGUUUACUUAACAGUUUUCUGCCAUUAGUAAAGCGUUCUUAUGAUCAACAAUAAAUCUUUUUUUUUGACUCUUA